AUGGGUUUAGUGUCGACUAAGUACACAAAUAGAAAAAGAGAUAAAAUUAAAAGAGUUAUUCAUGAUCAACAUACUCAAACGGACAAUACACUGUCCACUAUCACAAAUGGUUCUUCAAAAGAGUGCAAUCAUCAUGUAUCACCUCAUCGACAUAUACAAGCAUCUCCAGUGUUUUCGUCGCAUUUUAACAACUACAGGAAUAUAUCUAAUAGUAAUGGUGAUCUUUCUUCUUAUGAUCGUAUGAUUACUCGAAAUGAUACUUAUCGAACAUCAUCAUCGAGUAUUGUUGAGAAUGUAUCUCACCAUGAACAUCGAACAUUUACACGUGUUCAAUCUUCGCUGACAAUAAAUGGCAAUGAACACUCGUAUCAGGAAGUCGAACGUUCGACAUCCAUACCAGCCGAUUUAUUUUUAAUCGAUAUUUCAAAUGAAAAAGUUUGCAUCGGUGAAUCUAUUUCAAUGAAUAUACGUCAUCUAUUUAUGAAUAUGCCUGCCGAUAGUGAUGCGCAACCGUUAGUUCCAGUUCAUACUGAAACAUCUUCAAAGGCUACCCAUAUACAUGAAAAUCUUCUUGAUUAUAUUCCAAAUGUUUGUGAAAGAUAUCAAAAUAUAACUCUUGGUCCCGAUCAAACUACACAUAAUACACUUCAUGUUAGCUUACCACUGUAA